UGUUUGGAUAUAAUCAACAUAUCUGAAAAGAGUCCAGCUAAGAACAGCGCCCUGGUGGACGUUAGAGCUUGUAAUAAACCUGCCGCAAAGUGUUAAGUUACGAAGUGCUGCAAUGUUGUGGGCUGCUGAUUUUUAUGUUAUUUGUGUACACGGCUAUUUGUAAAAUGCACAGAACUGUAUAGAGAUCGCCUAUAAAGUAGUGCAUGCGUUGAUUCUGCACAGGAGUAGACUUGCGGCGAGAUGACUAAUUCACAGGUAUGGUUUCGAGGCGUGAGGAGUUCCAAAUUCCGCCAUGUUUACGGCGUGUCUUUCAAAAGAGAGCGUUGCUAUGACAACAUAAAGAUAACAAGGAAUGCCCACGACUCCAACUUCUGCGCCGUCAACCCUAAAUUUGUGGCCAUCGUGACCGAAGUCGCCGGCGGAGGUGCCUUUCUCGUUCUACCUUUAGAUCAUACUGGCCGGCUGGACUUCAACGCGAGUCGUGUAACCGGACAUAAAGGCCCAGUGCUCGAUAUCAAGUGGAAUCCGUUCAACGACAACAUUAUAGCCUCGUGUUCUGAUGACUGCACGGUCAAAUUAUGGCAUAUACCAGAUGGAGGGCUAUCUAUGCACCUCACCGAUUGGUUGGUGGAACUACACGGACACAAGCGCCGUGUCGCAUACAUAGAAUGGCAUCCCACUGCCGAGAACAUUCUACUAAGUGCCGGAUUCGAUUAUUUGAUCUUCGUAUGGGACGUGGGUAAAGGUGAAGCUGUAAAAGUGAUAGAUUGCCAUAGUGAUGUGAUAUACUGCAUGUCGUUCAACCGCGAUGGCUCGUUGCUGGCCACUACAUGCAAAGAUAAAAAACUGCGUGUCAUCGAACCCAGACGGGGAAUUGUACUUUCAGAAGGCGCUUGCCACUUAGGUACUAAGGCAUCGAAGUGCACGUUUCUUGGCAGUCAGGGCAAGGUGCUGACUACUGGGUUCUCACGGUACAGCGAUCGACAAUACGCGGUGUGGGACCAGCAUGAUCUCUCCAAACCCCUUGUAUGCGAGACCAUCGAUAGCUCAUCGGGAGUUGUUUUCCCUUACUACGACUAUGAUACUAACAUGGUUUACCUUGCUGGCAAGGGCGACGGGAAUAUCCGAUACUACGAAGUUGUCGAUGUACCGCCAUAUGUGCAUUUUCUCAACCAAUUCCUAUCCGGAAAUCCACAGAGAGGCCUCGGCUUCAUGCCCAAGCGUGGUGUAAACACGGGGGCGUGCGAAGUUUUCCGUUUCUACAAACUGCAUACGUCGCGGGGUCUGUGCGAACCUAUAUCUAUGAUCGUGCCCAGAAAAUCUGACUGUUUUCAGGAGGAUUUAUAUCCAGACACGGCGGCGCCACUGCCAGCACUCUCCGCCAAGGAUUGGUUGAGUGGGAUGAAUGCACCGCCGCUGCUCAUUAGUAUGAAAACAGGUGUAACAAUAUCAACACAUAAGCCGCGCACGAACAGUAAAGAGGCACCGGCGCUGCAGCCGCAAGACGCUAAUAAUCGUAAGAAAUUCGCGUUUCUCUCGCGGGAGACGACUCCCGACUACCGACCCCUCGGUACUUGGCAGCCCGACAAUCACACUAACGACCAUGAAGCUAACCAGCCCUUAACUGAGAAGUCGCAGAAGACGAACGCAAACCAAAACACGAAGUUUCAUCAACUGCAGCGCAUGUUUGGGAAACAAACCGGCGAUGCAGAGCCCGUACCGCUCUACAAACAAAUCAACCAGGGAGAUGUCUUCAGCACUGAACAUGAGUUGCGGCUAGCAUUCAAUCGGCAAGGCGAAGAACUAAGAAUCGUUAAGCGGCAAUUGCAAAAUAGUCAACAACGAGUACGAGAGCUGGAACAACAUGUCGCUGCAUUACAAGCCCGACUACAACGCGAGGAAUCAUAAACUGAAUGUAUUUGCUUUAAAUCUCAACGAAUGGAAUUUUUAAUUCCUUGGAGGUUAAAACCAGCUUAAAUUAAUUUCAUUUGCGAAAUACAUCGUAUAUUUCGUAUACACCGCAGUUUUAUAGGUCUCUUUCCGAGAGCAUAACAUUAACGCACAGUAGUUUCGACAGUGGGUUAUACGAAAUGAUUCGAGAGUAAUGAGUAAAUUGUAACCCCCUCCAAAAAUGAAACUAUAAUGCUUGUUGUGACGUUUUGAAGCAUAAAUAUGUAAGUUCACAAAUUGUUUUCAACAACGCAAUACACAAAUACAGUACCCGCCAAUUAAAUAUAUACAGAUACUAUAAGACACACAAAGUAGCUUUAUUAAUUACUAUCCAUUAUCUAAACAAGUACCCUGAUCUCAAUAGAUUACCAUUAAAUUAAAAAAAAAAAGACGGUUCAUUGGUGAUGCAGUAGAUUCUCGUAGGAGCACUGUAAAAUCAAUGAAUGCAAAUGAAAAAACCUAAUGCAUAAUCUCAUAAUUAUAAGCUGCAAUUUUUGAGCAUACUUCAAUAUUAUAAUUAUUGUAAUUUUUGUGCCGAAAUCCAAUGUGGAUAUGCUAAAAAAUCUAUUCUUUACUGAAUCAGAUUUUCUUUAAAUUAUUGAUAAUACAUGAGAGAACCUUGUUGUACAACAUUCUUUAUGCAUUUAUAACACUUGCUCACUGUGAAAGAAUAUUUUUAUAUUUUAAGGCUUACGCUGUGUUUCGUGAAUUUGUGAGCCUACAAUCUGUAAUUUACUAAGUGUGAUGGUCUCUAUACAAGUAAUUCCUAAAUAGUGUUCUUGUCAAUUAAUAAUAAUUGAUUUAAUGUUCACAUUUAUAAUACACAAGUUAAUCAAUGCUUAAAGUCAUGACCAUUAUAGAAUUUUAAUAUAAAAUGCAAUUUACGAGUAGAGUGCCUCGUACCUCUAUAAUGAAUUAUAUGUUUAUGGUUAAAAGGAGUAGUCAUUCCAAAUUUUUACAUUCAGGCUUUAUGAUUUAAAAGAUUGGUACGCAUUAUACAUACUUUUUGUAUUUUUUUAUUAUUUAUAUGGAAAUAGUAUUUUAGUAUUAAGUUUGUCUCAAGAUUUGGCCUAUUAUGUAAUAUAAAGGCCUUCAGUUAUUGCUAUACAGCAAAACUUGUGAUAAAUCCAUGACAUGUGUCAUUCAUUUUAUGGGUCACAAAUAAUUUUCAAUUUAAUGUUUUUUGUAUAAUAAUGAUUUAAGUUUAAAUAAUAAAUUUCAAUUAUGUGCAAUGAAAAACAGGGUUCUAAUCGUGUCUACAGUAACUAUAUAUACAAAUAGUAAAGCAGGCAAAUCUUUUUUUUAAGUUUUAUAUAAAUGUGUCACACUAAAAUGUCAUCCAAAAUUUUUUUUAACAGAAAACGAAAUGCAAAUAAUUAAACCUAGUAAUUGGAAACAAGCUGGGUGGUACAUUGAAAUGAUAUAUUGUUGUUGCACUCAAUACACCUCAAUUCAACCAAAUAAUCAUGAUCAUCAAUUUGAAUAUGCUGAAAAAAAUACGUAAUAGUAUUGCCGUUUUGGUUUCGGUUUUAACUUUUUUUUAUAUAAUGUUACAGAAAGAGCUUAGUGCCAUCAUAUUUUCCAAAAUAUUUAACAACAAUAAUUCGUUUAAUUUCGUUUGGUUUAUUAGAUUUAGCUACUGUAAACGACACGAGAUAAAUUUGUUUUGUAAUUUCCAAUUUGCUGGCAAGCACUUUUUUAUAUGCACAUGAUUAUGAUUAAUUCUAUUCCAAUUUUAUAAUUUACUUUACAUCUUGUUAGUGAUUGUUUAAUAGUCUGAUUUACAUUAUUGUGUAAAAUGUGUUACCUGUUAUUUUAUUGUGUUUGUUUUGUGUUUAUAUACAAAUUUGACCUACUAUAUUAGAAUUAGUUUUUUAUAAGUUCAAGCAUUUACUCUUCUUGUGUAAGUAAACACCGGGUUCUACUGAAAUUUGUAAGAAAUGUACAAAAAAGUUACCUGUACUUUUGUGUACAUAAUAAAAUUUAAGGUUUGAAGACUCACAUUGUAGAAAUUAAUAAAUGGGUGCUAGACCUUUAUUCUCCUAAUAUUUCAAUACCAGUUUGCUAUUAUUAUCAUGGGUUCAGAACUAAUGUGAUGAAAAUACUUCAUUUUGCAGAUGUUCAUAUUUUUUUUAAUAUCUUGCCAUUUUUAAAGCAGUGCAUAAUUUAGAAUAUAAACUGUUAUACUGUUAUAUACAUUCCAUAUUCAGUAUAAAAUGCAUAAUGUUUAGUAUGGUAAGUGAAAUGAAAGUAUUAUUGUGAAUUUAGCAGGAUUGAUAAUUUUGUGGCUAAGUCGGUGUUAAUAUUUAUUAUGUAUUUUUAUAUCAUGCUUGUGUAGCACAAAUUUUCAAAUAUAUGUUUGAACAAUA